AUCACUAUCUGGGAGGAGAGAAAAGUAUUUGGUUCUCGAGGGCAGCUUCUGAAGGAAGAGUUUGCUGGGAAGCAUGUUGGGAAUGGAAAGCAUAGUGGAGUCAAAGUGCUGGAUAGAACUUUCUCAUCACACUCUUUGCGGAGAAACUCAACUGGGGAUGCCCUUGACAAAAUAGUUUCAAGUUAUCAGAUGCUGUAUGGUGGUCAAAUUGAUGAAGACGCUAUAUUGAGCAGAUGUAAAAAUGCCAUUAGCUCUGUUGAUAAAUUAGAUAAGGAGAUUGGGGGUGAUCUAAAUCCAGGUGCGUUUUCUUUACCACUUGUGAUGUGUGCCUAACAAUGCUUGUCCACUUUCAUGUUAUGAUGGCCCAGAAGAAACUUUUUAAUCCUUUCACCAGGGUUUGUCUAGUUGCCAGUCAAUUUUAUUCCAACUGAACAAUACAAUUCUGGUUUGGUUUAACGAAUAGUGAAUUUUCUGGGGCAAUUACUUGGACCUCUCUUUAAUUCAGCAAAAAUAAAUAGAGCCUCCGUUGUAGUUAAAAAAAAUAUCUGACAGUUUUCUGCUUAAAUUUUCAAAUUGGAUGGCUUUUGCUUUUGGCAUCCUUCGCCUGAAAUUCCCUUUGCCUAACUUACCAAAGUAGAAAGAAGGGGCUUCCUUCUUCAAAGAGAGAGGUAGAGAGAGCGAGAGUGAGGGAGAGAGGAAGAGAGGGAGACAAAGCUCCAUUCAAUUGUUUUGUUUGCAUAUCUAGUGUAAUACUGAAACUAAAUGAAAAGCCAAUUCAUUCAUUUUGCUUCUAUAUCUGGUUUAAUGGUGAAGCUUAUGAAAAAGCUCCGGAGAGAUAAAAACAUUGACAUAACCUAUCAGAAAAGGAACGGCCAAAUACAUAGAUGGCCCCUAAAACUUGGCCAUUUUUUCCAUUUAGACACCUUAUCUAAAAGAGUGACCUAUUGAACACUUCAUUUUGAUUGAAAAUGUGUCAAUUAGACACACACUGUUGACAUGGCAGUGUGCGUAUAUUGCACUCCUUGUGAGAGCGUGAAGAAACAUAGUAGGAGUAAGUUUUUAUUUUUUGUUUUUUUCUUCUUCUCUCUCAUCUUUUCUCUUGUCACCGCCAUCCUAGCCACCAACGCUGAGACUCGGCCACCAUAAGAAACACCAAUCAGUCCCCUCUUUCUCUCUAAAACCACCACCCUCCACCUUCAGAGCACUCAUAUACAAACAACUCCAUCACUCCACUUCCGGAGAUAUUAUUUUGGAUAACUAGAACAAAAAGGCGAAACAAGAAGCAAAUUAUGGAUUUCUUUCUGCAAAUUUCACCCAUCUGGAGAAAAAGCUCUUUUAGCGUUGGUUUGUACAUCCUUUGUUCAGAGAAAGGGUAAGCAGGAGUUUCUAUGGAGUUUUAGAUUUUUAUAAUUAUAGACAUACUUCAACUUCUUUUAGGCAAUCACUAAUUAGCGUCCGUGUAUUUGAUAAUAAUUUUUAAGGUGUAAUUAGAUAUGUGGGGAAAUGGAGAAAUAAAAUGGUGGGCAUGGUGAAAUUAAGAAGACGAGAAGGAGUUGCCAGGAAAGUUUUGUCCACAGGUCAUUUCAUAAUUGGCUUCUUUAUAGCAUUACCGCGUUUGAGACUCACGCACUACCUUUUUGUGAGGAGUUUCCAUUUAAGUGUUUAAUAGACACAUUUUCAAUCAACAUUAAGUGUUCAAUAGGUCACUCCUUUAGAUAAGGUGUCUAAAUGAAAAUAAUGGCCAAGUUUAAGGGUCCGGUUAUGUAUUUGGCCGAAAAGGAACGAGUAGACAAAGCAAUUAUUCAAUUUCUUUAUAAGGACUAAGUCUUCUCAUGGAGAAAGCUUG